UUGAAGGGUUUGACUAUACUUCCGUCAUGUUGGCUGACGUACAUACAUACAUACAUACAUGUUCUUUGAGACACCCUGCAGUUUAGAUUCUGAUGCAACAUAGCACAUUCUUUGGAAAGUUGUGCAGUGUGGCCUGCGAGACUAACCUGCUGCUAGUGACUUCCCGGUGUAGUUGCAUUCUAUGAUGUUUCUUAAUUUUCUCAGCAGCUGUCCAUGUCCUCAAAAAGGUGUCCAACAGUCAGAGGCUUUGAGAACCAUCCAUCCUCCACCAUGGGCCUCCCAAAAUCCUCCAGACGGUGAUCGUUGGCCUGACCCUGAACGAUUUGGCCCAGCGGAUGCACCGCAGAGAUGCCCUGGAGCUGCUGGGCACCACAAGCCUCGGCCCGGGCCGCAACCGCUGAGGUGAAAGCGCUGCGUUCCCGGGCCGUGGCCAGGAGCCGCCUCCAUUCGGAAGACACAUGUUUUUUUGGUUCGGUCGGGCCUUUUUUCAGGUGUAGCGGGUGUAGAAGUUGGUGCCUCACAGCAUCCGCAGGCAUGGACGAUGGCCAAUUGGUGCAUCUCUUGUGAUAUUAUGGGCAGGAGUCUAGAGGUCAAAACCCUCUAAUUAUAUCAAUGCCCUGCACUUCGUGAAGGCAUGGGCUCAUCCGGCGGACCCGGGGUCUCUGAAGGAAAAAGAUCGGAACAUCCCGUCAUCCGCGUCGUUGGGAUCCGAUCCUCGCCAUUCCGUUGUCCGUUCAUCCGCAAUCCGCUUAUUGAACUCGUUCUCCAUCCUCAGGUUACAUGAUCUCUUCCUGGGCAGAGCCAUUGGAGCUGUCUUCGGCACCAUGCUGGGAGGAUGGCUUUGCGAUGUUUGCCCCAUCAAAGUGGCCAUGAGCUGCUGUAUCGGCAGCUCCGCGCUCUCGGUGCUCUCGGUGCCCUUCGCCGCCGCCACGGGCAACGCAUGGAUUUUGUCAGCCAAUUUCUUUCUGCUGGGAUGCGUGGGCUCCGCCUUGGUCUCCUUCACGGUCUCCGCCGCCUGUUGGAGUUUCCCCGGGAAGGAGGUCGGCCCAGUGUUGGCCACCUGCAAUGGAGCAUUCGGAAUGACCAGUGCUGCUUUGCCGCUGAUUUUCAAGCUACUGCAUUGGCAAGGCAAGGCUGUGGUGGAGUACAGUUUCGUGGCUGCGUGCUCUUUGCCACCCUUGGCCUUCCUUUUAGCCAGCCAGGCACCCACGCGGCCUGUGGAGAAAAGUCUGGAGGAGAUCGAGUCUGAAGGGGACCAGGAUGCUGCUUUGCACCGUGUCCGCAUCCAGCAAUGGGUGGCGGUGAUCGCAGCAGCUGUGGCGCAGUUCCUCUUCUCAGGUGCCAAUUCAGCGUUGCUCAGCUGGAUAGUUCUCUACUCGGCUGACGAGCUGGAGGAUCGAUCCGUGGCGCCCUUCUUGGUGAGCCUUUUGCAAAGUUCUUUGAUGUUGGGCUCCUUUGGCGCCUCGAGAUAUCAGCGAUACUUUGCCUUGUGGAACUUGGCCCGGUUUCAAGUCUUCGCAGUGCUCUCAGGGCUCUUGCUUUGGCUCCCCUUCACCAAAUCCAUCUUCGCCACCGUCUGUGCGCUGGCAUGGUAUGGCUUAGCAGGUGGACCUUUAGUCACUUAUUGCAGCACCUUGCUGAAUCAACAUUGCAGCCCGAGUGGGUUGCAACUCGCAGUUAUCAAUGUUGGUGGCAACUUCGGCGCCAGCGCAGGACCUUUCAUCGUUGGCAUCUUGAUGAUCAAGUCUGGGCCAAGUGCCUUGCCCUUGACAGUGUCCUACGCCUUCUUGGCCGCCUUGCUGGGUUUCGGCGUCGCCUCCAUCGAGCGCCGGCCUAAGGGUGAACCUUUGCUGGGCGCGGGCGGGCAAUGAGUCCUGAUGGUGAAGCUCCAAGUUUCAAGUGCGUGGAUUCAGUUUGGGCUUAGCUCAUUUCGCGC